UUGAGCUGGUGCUGCUGGCGGCGGACCGACCUCCGGUCAUGGGCCGCGCUCAUCCGCCACAGUCCGCCUACGUGUGAGGACAGCAGCCGAAAUACGAACGGGCUUCGGUUAGACGGAUUACCGCUGGGAAAUACUAGCUAGCGUUGGACUCGGAGAGGUCCAAGUGCAGAAAUGAGAAAGUAGCUAACCUAGCUAGCCUAGAUACCACAGCUAGCCUAGCGGAACCGCAGCCAGCGACGGAGAAACAUCGUUAUCAUCUCAUUACAGCGUCUGAAAUAAGGUAGACACCAUGAACUACGUGGGCCAGCUGGCAGGACAGGUGCUGGUGACAGUGAAAGAGCUGUACAAGGGCAUCAACCAGGCAACACUGUCCGGCUGCAUCGACGUGGUGGUGGUGCGGCAGAAGGACGGCUCCUUCCAGUGCUCCCCUUUCCACGUGCGCUUCGGCAAGCUGGGUGUGCUGCGCUCCAAGGAAAAAGUGAUUGACAUAGAAAUAAAUGGGGAGUCAGUGGAUCUACACAUGAAGCUUGGAGACAAUGGGGAAGCUUUCUUUGUACAGGAAACGGAGGUGCAGGAUGAGGUUGUACCAGCUCACCUGGCCACCUCUCCGAUCCCCACUGAGAGUCACAUGUUCUGGAUCGGGGAGCGAGGCCAGAUGCAGGCCCAAGAGGAUGACGCCCUGGACCCCGAUGAGCCUCUCGAGCCCCCUGUGCCCAGCACCGGCACCGCCAAGAAGAAGAAGAGGCGGAGAAAGAAGCAUAAAGGAGACCCUCGGCGUGAGGAGCUAACACCUCCCGCUUCUGUUUGCUCCUCUGCCCCUGCAGAGGAGAUCUUUGAGAUGGACCUGAGCUCAGAUGAGGAAGCUCCUGCCAGCACACGUUCACCUUCAAUUAACACAGUGAAGGAGGUUGAACCCAGGGUUCCAGCGAUUCGACAUUCCCCAGAGAACUACCCUUUUUCAGAUGGAGACUUGUCGCAUUCAGACACUCAUGCAAUGUCAGAGACCUUCUCCCCCAAGAGUGACUCUGAGCUGGUGGUCCGCCCCUCAGAGAGCAUGCUCAAAAUGGAGUCUCACAUGCAGUGGACAUGGGGGGAAUUACCAGAGCCAACCAGGGUGGCUAAAAAGGAGAAGGCGGAGCUGCCGAAGACUGUGACUAUAAUACCGUCGGAGAACACUCACUUCAGGGUGAUCCUGAGCUCUGAGGCCAUGGACCCAGAGAGCGAUGGGCAAUGCCGGCUGAUGCCCGUGGAGCCUGUGGCUGUGUGUGCCAUCGUUAAACCUGAGCCCCGCACUCCAGUUACACCUCUCGCACUCUCUGAUUGUGUGGAUGUGCUGGGUAGUGUUGCUGUGGCCACCUCCACCCCGGCAGAGCCCAACACUGCUGCUCUGGGUCCCAGUGUUGCCCCCAGCACUGCUGCUGGCGCCAUGGGUGGAGAGAUGGGUGAUGCCAGCCCCAAGACCGAUUCCCCUACCAAGAAGAAAGGUGUCCCAAAGAGGAGUCAGCACCAGGGCCCUGAGGACAUCUACCUGGAUGAUCUCAAUGUCCUUGAGCCUGAUGUGGCCGCCCGCUACUUUCCUAAGAGUGACUCAGACUCUGGCUCCAAGCACUGGAUGGACUCAGGGAUUCGUUCAGGUUCACAGUCUCCCCAGUCUGUGGGUAGUGCUGCAGCUGACAGUGGUACAGAAUGCCUGUCUGACUCUGCCUCAGACCUGCCUGACGUCACACUCUCUCUGUGUGGGGGGCUCAGUGAGAAUGCAGAGAUAUCCAAAGAAAAGUUCAUGGAGCAUAUCAUCACCUACCAUGAAUUUGCUGAAAAUCCAGCCAUUAUAGACAAUCCCAAUUUGGUUGUGAAAAUAGCAAACAGAUAUUACAAUUGGACAUUGGCUGCACCAUUAAUUUUGAGCCUGCAGGCUUUCCAGAAGAACUUGCCCAAGGCUACAGAGGAGGCCUGGGUUAAAGAGAAGAUGCCAAAGAAGUCUGGCCGCUGGUGGUUCUGGAGGAAAAGAGCAGACAGCACCGUAAAACAGUCUGAGAGCACAGGAAAGCUGGAGAUGAAGGAGGAACCACUAGACGAGGGGGGCUCCGCCCUCUCCCUCGAUAACCAUGCCCACAAGGUGGAGUCCAGAGACUCAUCCAGCGAUGAGGAGGGGAAAGAGGUGAGUGCGGCGGCUGCCUCUCUGGAGCGCUCAGCCCAGGUGGAGCCCCAGGCCAAGGCUGGCACGCACUCCUACCGCAAGUCCCUGCGCCUCUCCUCUGACCAGAUCGCCAGCCUAAAUUUGAAGGAGGGGCCGAAUGAUGUCACCUUCAGCAUCACCACACAGUACCAGGGCACGUGCCGCUGUGAGGGCACCAUCUACCUGUGGAACUGGGAUGAUAAAGUCGUCAUCUCUGACAUCGAUGGCACAAUCACCAAAUCGGACGUGUUUGGACAGAUCCUACCUCAGCUGGGGAAGGACUGGACUCACCAGGGUAUCGCCAAGCUCUACCAUUCAGUGGCUGAGAAUGGUUAUAAGUUCCUCUACUGUUCAGCGAGGGCCAUCGGCAUGGCCGACAUGACUCGAGGGUAUCUGCACUGGGUAAACGAUGGUGGCACCAUUCUGCCCCGCGGGCCCCUCAUGCUUUCUCCCAGCAGCUUGUUCUCUGCGUUUCACAGAGAAGUGAUUGAGAAGAAGCCAGAAAUUUUCAAGAUCGAAUGCCUUACUGACAUCAAGAACCUGUUCCACCCCAACAAGCAUCCCUUCUAUGCCGCAUUUGGAAACAGGACAAAUGACGUGUUUGCCUACAAGGAAGUCGGAGUUCCUGUGUGCCGGAUCUUCACCGUCAACCCCAAAGGAGAGCUGAUUCAAGAGCAGACCAAGGGCAACAAGUCCUCGUACAGCAGGCUGAGUGAGCUGGUGGAGCAUGUGUUUCCCCUGCUCACUAAAGAACAGAGCUCUGCAUUCACCUUCCCUGAGUUCAGCUCCUUCUGCUUCUGGAGGCAGCCCAUCCCCGAAAUAAACCCUGACGACCUGCUCUCAUAGGCUAUGCUCUCGGACUCCGCCCAGCAGGGAUUUCAGCCCGAAAACACCUGCCCGCACAAACCAAACAUGCCUGUCCUUUUCCAUGAUCUGGCUAAAAGUCAUGUGUCUCCAGGUCUGAGUACUGUGGUCAACUCUAAAGUCUUAACUACCUAUAGCUCCAACCUGAUCUCACACAUCCAUUUUGCCAGUAGUGGGCUCUGAGUGGCACUCUGGUCUGCUCUGAACAACUCUCCAAAUCCUGAGCCAAAGCAUACUUUCUUAUCCCAGCCAGGACAGCUCUAGAGCUGUGGAAGUGUUCUCAAGCUGAACUUGGGGGAGUGUUGAUGGUACAGUUUUUCACAGUAUCCCACAGGGAUAAGCCUGCCUGAGCACUGGGACACUGGAGUACAGAGCUGGAGCAAUGAAGAGGAUGCUCUUAUCUGUUUAUGAUGGACCAUUUAGCUGCUAAAGUCCAUUUCACUCCGAUGUCAAUGUUUAUCCCAGCUGUGGUGGUCCAGAGUGGGCUAGUGUUUACAGUCCUGUGGCCCAAGUGGUCACUGAGUGUGCAAUGAUAUGGUGUGUACAAUAUGGAAUGGAGAAUUAGGCAUGAAGUUGAAAAGCGAGAACGUGGAGAUGGUGUUUAGCAUCACAGAUAAUAAAUAGUUAACCGACAUAUUUAUUUACAAAUACUAAUUUAUUUAGUUCUUUAACAAUGACUCAUUUGUUGUACAGAUACUUAUAAUUAUGAACGUGCACUGCCUCUCAUACGUGGUGGGUGAAUGCUUGGUGGAGUGUCUUGGUGGAGUGUACAUCGUCAGACAUCAAGGUGUGAGCUGAGGCUGCCCAGAAUGCUGCAGAGCUCGUAUUCUUACCUUCAUUCUGCAACUUCAGACCAAGGGCACGCUCAACGAGAAGGCACGAGACCUUGAGAAAGGCUAGCAGUCCCCAAGGAAGGCUAGCAGUCCCCAAGGAAGGCUAGUGGUCAGCGAGGCUGCACUCCAGGCAUUGGUGGCGGCAUUCCCCACUUGCCAGUCCGGCUGCUUUAUGAUGCCUUACCGAUCGCACUUUCAGAAGCCGCUAAAAGAUCGCUGCAGCUCACAUUGCACUUAAGCAAGGAAGGAACUGCCAUGUUGCUGGCAAGUGAGUAAGUUGUUCGGUGAUUUGUGCGAACAGUUUUAGAAUAUACAUAAGUUAUACAUAGGAUACUACUUUUUUUUUUUUUUUUGAGUGGCACUGCAUGUAAAUCCUCCUGAUUAAUAUAUGUAAUUAAUAAAAUAAACACAUGCAUCCACUGGUUUGGGAAAAGAAUUAUCAAGCUAAAGCACUCUCUAAACUAGCUUUGACAUUAGUGAGAAACCUUCGUUUGCAUUAGCAGUUUACAUUGUGUGCAGGCGUGCGCGUGUGUACAGACAUUUGAGAUCAUUUUAGGUGCUUGGAAGAUUAAUGGAGAAAUUUAAGAGUUUUCUCUUUUCAUCCUUUGUAUUGAAGAAGGAAACUUGUAUAUCUUUCUUUACAAUAAUACCACCAUGUUCUGAGAAUAUUUCUGUGCUUUCAGCAGGAAGUUCUAGCUGUUUUGUGUGAGAGGGAUCAAAUGAGUUCUUUGUCGACAUAUGUAGACUAAAGUCCACCUGUGGCCAACUGAAGUAUGUCUUACUCGUGAGUUGCUUGUCAAGAUAAGUUGGUCUUUGCCUUGGUGUUACGGAAAUGGAUAUAUUUGUCCUAGGUCCAUCGCGCUCACGCAGUUUCAUAAACCAUGUGUUCGAGUUUAAGUAGACAUGCACAUAAACUUGGAGCACAAUAGCUAAUUUAUUUAGGGUAGAACAUUUUUCGGUGUUGAAGGGUAGUUAUUUGAGGGGGGAAAAUGCGCAUUCCAAGGUUGUUUGAAUUGUUUUCGUGUAUUUUGUCUGUGUUAAUGAUAGAGGUGAAAUCUGUCUGUUAAGGAUUAACAAGGCGAUCCCGUUCUUUCUAUGAAAGUGAUGCUUUUUGUGUGGGAUGAGCACACUCAUCUUGUGUGAAUUUCAGACGUAUGGUUAAACAAAAGCUAUUCUUUUGGAUCUGUUGCAGUAAAUGCUGACAAUUAUUCGUCAUUGCCCUCAUGCUUUGGUUUUUUUUUUUUAUUUCUUGAUAUAGGGGCUUUAUUGGAAAAUGCUCUUGGUUUCUGUUAGCUUUAACAUUUGAUAUUUACCAUCUGACCAUCCUGAACACAUUUAAAUGUUACUUGCUCUAUGUUUAUGAAACAAAGAAUGUAUUAAAAAGCAUUUACUACAAAUGUUGACGAUCAAGUCCACAUUUUGUUUUUUCACUUUCCCUCAGUAGGCUGACAAUUCUGUUACACUGCAGGUCUGUGGAACAGCUCUGUGUGGAGGAUCUAGGACUAGACUAGACAGUGGGACCCAGUGGAGGGGAAAUAAACCACUACCCCUGUGAGAUUACAGUUAAGUGAUUAAAUGAAUGAUGGAGAUUAUGUAGUAAGUUUACACCACAAGCGAGCAAUUUUCAUUUUUUACUUUAUUAGAUUUUGUAACGAACGCCCUGUACAGGGUUUUGAUAUUACAGAUCUGUUUUUUUUUUCUGCCUUAGAAGUGCAAGAAAUAUUGUUGCAAUAAAUAACAUGAAAUAUGGAGGGAGAAGUCAAUAGUCUGUAGAAAUAGUCUCAGAGGAGGGGAGGACUCACUCUGUGAGAACGGAUA